AAUCACAUAAGAUUGGAUCAAGCGUAAGAUCGGCUUUCUCAACUUCACCCCAAACUCUCACGAUGCCUCUGCAGCCCUUGUCGUGCGUCCGCUGUCGGGAACAGAAGGUAUAUAUGCCACUGAUGACUUCCGGUCCCCAAACUUAGCCCAAGCUGACCAAGGUAUAGCGCAAAUGUUCCCGGGAGACUCCCAUCUGCGACCGGUGCCGGAGCUGGGAAUACGACUGCGUCUAUCCCGCCAGGAGGCGAAGAUCUCGAUAUCCUCCAGGGAGCCCAUGCGGCACAGGUUCACGAACCCUCAUUAUGAAUGGGGACCUCAUCUCCAAGGAGGAGGGCUUGGAAUUACUCGACGCGUAUUUCACCCUCUUCUUCCCAUCUAGUUUUGUCUGUGACCCUUCACGAGUGAAGGAUCGGUACCAUGAAGGCACCCUUCCAAUAUCGGUACGCAGCUCCAUCUUCUCGGUGGCGGCUCUUCUUUUGAAGCCUUCACCAACGAUACGCCUGGCUGACGUCGGCCGGUCAUGGUCCGUGACAACGCGCCCGGGGGAGAUAUGGGCAAAGCAGGCGAGCGCAAUUGUUGCUGCCCAGAUCCACUGGCCAUCGUUUGAUAUCAUCCCAUCGCUCUUCAACCUGAUCGUGUACUGGUGCGGUGUUGGAAGAGGCGAAAAAUGCAGGGAGAUUGCUAAGAUGGCAGUAGUGUGCAGUCAGCGACUGAAGGCGCAAGAGUCCUCCCAAGAACUCGAACCGUCUUUCUUUUAUGUCGGCCUGAUUAGUCAAUGUCUCACUGGAGAAGAUGAGCAUGUAGCUUCAAGCCCUCCACUUCACUAUCACGCCCCGCUGCGUACAUCUGAUAUCGAGUGUAGAACACCUCGCAGAGAGAUGAUGCAAAUGGUGGAGCACUGGAUACGAAUAAGACACUUCGUCGGCGCUCUCCACACAAAUGUGGAUCCCGGUAUGCAAUGGGCGGCACUGUUCAACUUCGACGCCGAGACUAGAAGAAUGUAUGAGAUGUUCUCGCCGACUCUGUGCGCAUUUGACGGCCGACGACACCACGAAGUGGACUUUCGCGAAUGCCUAGGACUACAGACUCUUUACCAUAUCUGCCGCAUCCUCCCCCAUUUAGCCAUGAUUUUGUUCCUACAGGAGCAGCAGCCAUCCCCAGAGUAUACUCAGCUAUGUAUCGAGGUCGCUGUCGGACACAUCAAUCAGGUAUCAGAUACCAUUAUGAACUUUGUUGCCUCCACGCAGACGUCAUUAGCCACCUUGCCACCGUUCGCUGCAUACUCCUCGUUUAUCUCGGUUUCCGUGUAUCUGAGCUAUCUCAACCACUACGGCAGGGAUUGGCACUGCCCCAAUAGUCCUGCACUCGAUCUUAGUAAAAUGAGGCUCCUAUCGCAUCUUUACUUACUCCAUCAACUCCGUCGCGUUUGGGCUCCCGUACGGAUCCUGUGGGAUGUAAUAGAGCCAGAGAUGAAUUCCAUGGGUAUCACAAUUGCUAUGAUCGAGGACCAUGGUAAAACUAUGGUUACCUCAUACGAUGGCGUGAGCCGAAUGUCUUACUUGCCUGACCAAUGCCUUUCUGCGGAGCGUCAAGUGGAGACUGAAAUGAUCUUAGGCUUCAGAGACAUUGUCCGUCGUGUGAAGCUUGUAGAUCCAGCAUACAUGCUCAUUGGUGUAUUCCGAUUGUUUCCUGUCGGGGCCCGGUCUAGUGCGAUGCCGUCUUCUAGCUCGAGUGAUCACAUCGUCGGCCGCGGAGAAAUCUAUCCGGCUCCUCUUCAGCAUAUUACAUCAGGGCCAACCAGCGACGUGUUAUUUGCCCAUCCGAAUAGACAACAGCAUGAGCAGUACUCCCAGGGGUCUGCGACACCCACCGCGCCCAACCAUUCUUCACCAUUCGACAUAGACCCCGGCGAGACGACAAGCGGGAACGGAUACCCGAGCACAUCUUUACGGAAUGCGGCAGAGAAUUCGAUUGAACCCGUGGGCAUGUUGCAGAUGAUGUGGCUUCCCGGCGAAGACAUUUUUUAAGCCUAAAUAAAGGUUUCACGCUCUGGAGUUCAAGGGGCAGCGAUUGCUUUGAGGUUACUCUCAAGAGCUAUUUUCCCUCUUUAUAGUGGUGGUAAAUGGCAUAUUUUACGUUUUGACCAGAGGAUAUCGACAACUAGGAAUACACCGGGUUCGCCUUGGUACGCCUUCGCCAUUUAAGCGUGACAUUGCUUUCAAAGGAAAGGUACAGAGACAAAAAAAAAAAAAAAAAAAAAAAAAAAA